UUUUUUAUUUAAAGAAUGAUUAACGAAACCGCUGCGUUUGGGGAACUGGACUCCGACGUUUCUGAGCCGAUGCACUCUCAUCUCCUCAGCCACAACCUCACCACCUUCCCCGCGCUCCGACUCGAGUUCAAGUCGCUGGUCACUUCAGCCACGAUGUUCGCCGUGGGAGUUCUGGGGAACCUCAUCGCCAUUGUCGUGUUGUGCGUCUCCAAGAAGGAGCAGAAGGAAACCACCUUCUAUACGCUGGUGUGCGGGAUGGCCAUCACCGACCUGCUGGGCACGUGCUUCACCAGCCCGGUGGUCAUCGCCACGUACGUGUCCAGCCGCUGGCCGGGAGGCGAGCUGCUCUGCCACUUCUUCUCCUUCUCCAUGCUGUUCUUCGGCUCGGCCGGGAUGUCCAUCCUCUGCGCAAUGGCGGUGGAGCGAUACCUGGCCAUCAACCACGCGUAUUUCUACUCCAAGCACAUAGACCGGACCAUGGCGCGCUUUGCGCUCCUGGUCACCUACCUGGCCAACAUCGUGCUGUGCAUCAUGCCCAGCUUUGGCUUCGGACAGCACGUCAGGCACUUCCCCGGCACUUGGUGCUUUCUGGACUGGAGGUCGGGAGAUCCGGUCGGCGCGUGCUACUCCUUCCUGUACGGCGGCGUCAUGCUGCUGCUGAUCGCGGUGACUGUCAUGUGCAACCUGGCGGUGUGCAGGUCUCUGGUGGGGAUGAACCAGAGGACGGGGAUCGUCAGGACGGAGCUGUGUGAGCACAGCGGGUUACGGCGUCGCUUCCCCCGGCUGUCUUCUGUAACCUCUGCCGCAGAGAUCCAGAUGUUCUGGCUGCUGGUCUUCAUGACCAUCGUGUUUCUGGUCUGCUCCAUUCCCUUAGUGGUGCGAAUCUUCGUGAACCAGCUCUACGACCCCUCCUACAUCUCUGCUGGGGGGAGACCUGACUACCGGGGCGACAUGCUGGCGAUCCGCUUCGCCUCCUUCAACCCCAUCCUGGACCCCUGGGUCUACAUUUUGUGCAGAAAGAACCUGUUGCUGAAAGGCUGCGGAAGGCUCAAGAGUGUGAUGACUCGGGCAGAGGACGGCCGUGGGGACGAAAAGAGCUGGGUGGAGGGUCGGAACUCCCCCCCAUCUAUACACAGCAACUACACCAGUUAUGCGUCGUUGCGCACGGCCAGCUACAGGAACGAGCCGGGGCUCCCGCUGCCCAUCAAGAACUCCACUUUCACAGACUUUGCGCUCCGACAAGCGUGGGAGUACGACACGGCGCGGGUCAACUUCCACCCGUUCAGCGUGGAGUCCGCGGCGAACAUCGGCAGCGAAGAGGAAGCAGAAGCAGCGAUUCACCCGGGACACGACGCGGCGGAGACGGUCUCUCCAGGACGGGGCGGCGUGGGGCACGUCCACAGAGUGGACAUCGUCACCUGCACGUUCAGCACCCCGAGCUCCAGUCAGUCUGCCAAAUGCUUCUGA